AUGGUAUUAAAUAAAAAUCUUGUUUAUUUAUUUAUAUUUUAUUUAUUUAUUUGUAAGUUUAAUGUUGUAAAAUCAGCAUGUGAAUCAACAGCUGCCUCAUGGAGACCAACAGUAGCUUCGUCUGCAAGUCCAACAUCUCCAGCUAUUUCAACUUCACAACCAGCUUUAGAUUUCAAUUUAAAUGCAAAUAAUCUUAGAUAUAUGGCCCAUUGGGGUGAAAGUGAUACUUCAAUUGUAAAUGGACCAGAUACAACCGGAUUUACAAUUACUUACACAAACUAUGGACCAGAUUCUCACAUGCUCUUUUAUUUAGACUCUGCUCCAGCUUUAAAGGCAAAUACCAACUAUCAAUUAUCAUUUGGUUUCAAAUUAGGUCAAACUUUAGGCAGUAAUAAUAAUCAAUACUCAAGCAUCACUCUUCAUUUUUACGAUCCAAAAGAUGUUGAUCCAGUCCACGAUACUAGCGCUUACUUCUAUGCAGGUGACCAUACUCCUCUUUUUUCAAAAGUUAUUACAGGAAAUUUCGGCUCAACAAGUUAUGUACAAUUUACAACUACAAUCACUCCAACUGUUGAUAUUGGUCAAUCAUUUAUGGCUCUCCAAAUCCAACGUACAACUUCUACAGGUGUUGGUCCAACCUCAAUUAUUUUUAAUAACUUGAAAUUCACUAUUCCAGCUAAAACCAUUACCACUCCAACUCUUUUAACCAAAGACUCAGAGCUUGUUGUUCUUCCAAAGGCUCCUAGUGCAUUAGAUGCUCAAGAUUUAAUCACUUGUCCAUACCUCUCUUCAGAUUUAAAACACUGGCAUGACCCAGCUACUUGGGGAGGGGUUGUUCCAUCACCAUCAUCUUCAAUUGUUCUUCCAGCCAACACUAAAGUAUUAGUCUCACCAUGUUCAAUUUCUCAAACCGACAUCUAUACCAAAAUUACAAUUCCAGCUUCAUCUGAAUUAGUAUUUUUCGAUGCUGAUAUGACCAUGAAUGUUAAGGAUAUCUAUGUUCAAGGUAGAUUAACCAUGGGUUCAAGCAAGUGUCGUUAUAACGGUAAAAUUAAUCUCGUAUUCUAUGGUGAAAAAACUACCGCUGAUACCAUUGCAACAUACUUUGGAAGCAAAGGUAUUGCAGUUGCUGAUACUGGUUUCAUUAGUGUUCAAGGUAAACAAUAUCAUAACACUUGGACUAAAUUAGCUGCAACUGCUUGGUCUGGUGAUAAUACUAUUUAUGUUCAAGAUUCUGUCAAUUGGGAAGUUGGUCAAGAGGUUUUAAUAACUACAAGUAUCCCAGAAGAUGAGGUAUUCGACCAAAAUGAAGUUAAAGUUAUCCAAGCAAUUCAAGGCAAGGUUAUCCAAUUUACCACAUCAUUAAAAUAUUACCAUUAUGGUGGUCAAGAAUACCAAUCCCAAGUUGCUUUAUUAUCGAGAAGAAUUGUUUUCCAAGGCGAUGUUGCAUCAUCAGAAACCAAUAGCUUUGGAGGUCAUGUUAUUGUUAGUGGUGAAGGCCAAUUUAGUGGUUUAAGAUUAAAUAAAAUGGGUCAAAAAAAUAUUAAAGGCAGAUAUCCACUUCAUUUCCAUUUAGCCGAAACUGUUUCAAACUCUUACAUUUCGGAUUGCUCUGUAACAAACUCAUAUUAUAGAUGCUAUACUAUCCACGGUACCAACAACUUAACCGUUACAAGAAAUGUUGCCUUUAAUGCCAUGGGCCAUUGCUACUACCUUGAAGAUGGUGUUGAAAUGGAUAAUACAUUAAGUUAUAACCUUGGUGCUUUUGUUCAUACAAUCUAUCAAAGUGCUGCCGGUUACACUCAAUAUGGUCAAGAUUUUGAAGAAUCAGAUUUACUCCGUCAACCAGCUGAUGUUUCUGCUGGUGUUUUCUAUAUUACUAAUGCUUGGAAUACUAUUAUUGGCAACUCUGCUUCAGGUGGUUGGGCCGGUUUUGCUUUCCCAAAUCUUCCAGCCCCAAUUGGUAAUCAUCGUAGUGUUGCUAUGGUACCAUCACAGUACCCAACUAAAGUAUUUGAAGGUAACUCUGCCUCUUCCUCUGGUAUGGCAUGGGAAUUUGGUGGAUCAAUUUAUGUUGGCGGUCAACUUUCCUAUGGUUCAAAUGAUCUUUUACAAUACUCUUCAGGAAGAAACUCAAGAGAAACAUUUUUAAAUGGUGACGAAGAUUCUACCGAAGUAUGGAUGAGAUUUAAUAAUACCAAAGUAUUUUUAAGCAAUAGAGGUUUAGAUCAUUGGGGUGAAAGAGUUGAAGUCGUCACAUUAGAAAGUCAUGAUUGCCAUCGUCCAGCUACUCUUUUUGGUGAAGCUUGGUUUUCAAACGCUAUUGUUAAUGGUCAAUCAGGCAACAUUCUAUCCAAAUCUACAAGAUAUAAUCGUCAGGGUUUCCAAUUUUAUGACACCUUAGUUCAAACUAUUGUAACCAAUAUUAACUUCAGAAACUUUAUUGCACUUUCAAACCCAGCUAAUAAUGAAGAAGAUAACAAAGUUUUCAUUUCAAUGACCCAUUCAGAUAUCUUCAAACCACAAGGAAUUUCAGCAACCAGAAAUAUUUCUUUUACCAAUGUAGCUACAGCUCAAAGAAUUGGCCACAAAGUUGAUACCACUGGCUCCAGUAGAUACUUUAACUUUAUCGAUUCUGAUGGAACUGCCACUGGUAGAACUGCAACUACAAUUGUUGGCUCUCAUGACACAUGGUGGAACUUUGACUCUUCAUGUUCAUACAAUACUUAUUGGGCUUGCUAUGUUUGUAAUAAAGGAACAAAAGAAAUUGCCAAUCUUGAUGUAAUUGUUCCAAAUCUUAUUGAUGGUGAAGAGUAUGAUACUUCAAUCGAAGUCGGUAAGGUUGCAUUAUUUGGCAGUGGUAUUACUGAUGAAAGAAAAACCGCUAUUACAAAUAAUGUUGGUAUUACUGGUAUAAGUGAUAUGGGUUGGUAUCUUUAUUUCACAAAUGGACAACCAGCAAGUAUGGAUGUUCAUAUGAAGCAAGUUCCAUUUGGACAUUAUGUAUUUUUAGCUAUUCGUUAUCCAGCAGGCACAACAUUCUCUGUUUCAACUUAUUAUACAUAUUAUCCCCCAUCAUCAGCUACCAAAACUUUUACACAAGCUACAUCAGCAGCUGCUGUAAGAAGUGGUGAUGGUUCCAAAUAUUAUUUUGAUGGAACACAUCUUUUCGUUAAGGUCGUUAACUUUAGAUUAGAGGGUGUAGCUGAUGAAUACUUCACAAGAGGUGGUGCUACUUUAAAUGAUGUUUAUUGGGGUAUGUAUCUUUAUAUCAGAGCAACAAAUACUGCAAAUCCACCAGUCAAUGGCUUCUUUAAAAACCUUUCAGAUGUUAGACCAGCCUCCACAUUAUAA